AUGCUGAAUCAUAAUGUGCACAUACCUAUAGCGAAUACUCAUGACAAUGACAUCAAUGAUCCAACAGCACCUUUUAAUGAACUUGAACCAUUCGAUUCUCUUUGGCAAGCAUUACGGUGGCGACAUGUACGAACUCGAGUACCAGUUUCUUUCAGAAAGACUAUUCGAAAUCGAUACAUGCUUGCCAAUCUUGUGUAUUUGUGUUAUGCAAUUGCAAUUUUAAUUAUUGAUUUCAAUCCAAAUGUGAAUGGUUCAGCUGAUACCAGUACUUUGGAUACAUUGUGUAAUGAAACACCAUCGACAUCAAUUCUUGACCGACCAGUGCGCAAUACUCCUCUUGUAAAUCAUCUCUUUAUCGGUUUGGCGUGUAUUCAUAUCCUUUCGGCGUUUCUUUAUUGGUGGGCAUGGCAUGAUCGAACAUGGCGUGAUGUUAUUAUGAUACCAGAAUAUUUGAAUCAUUUGGAAGCUGGACUCUAUCUAUGGUCAGCUAUUUGGUAUUCAAGAGAAGAUACACUUGGUGGUUAUUACACAUUAGCAAUACAUAAAAUCGAAUUAGCAGCAGCACUUGUAGAAAUAGUGGCAUCGUUUGGAUGGAUGAUGUCAUGGUACAUGACCUACAUACGUACACUAGGACGUGGCUUUUCUCUUGACGAUCCGGAUACUAUCAGUUAUUUAUCGACUUCGAUUAGUUCAAUCAUUUAUGUUAUCUACAAUAUACAAAUUAAUAUUUAUCCGGAACAGUACGGCACUAAUCUCUUAUAUACAUAUGGAGAUAUUGUUUAUUUUGUUGGUGCUUGCUAUUAUAUUAUAGCUGCCCUACGUGAUGAUCAUUGGUUUUGGUUUCUCCCAUUUGCUGGGCAGUACGGUGUAGCAGUCGGUAGAAUUCAUGUCGAUACAAGAUCUUUACCACAAUUUGGAGUUCCGAGAGUUUUAAUCACAGAUCUCUGCUGUCGAAAGCGAAACGAUACAACAAUUAAAGUGAACAAUCAACGUGAAUUCGAUAAUGGCAAUUCUAUUGUAACAACUUACCUUUGA